UCUUUGGUUCAACAGCAGGUCUGAAGUAGUUCGCCUUCGUUGCGAUUUUCUUCAGCUCCUCUUGGAUAAUUAACAUCAGCAGUGGUGGUGUCAGUGUGACCAAAUUCUUCGCAACCUAAGUGAUCAAAAGUGACUUAACAAAGCUUCAAGAUGGCCUCGUACGGUGCUUGGAUGGCUGCUCAGUCUGCGGGUCAUGCAGUGGCCUCCAAUCUGACCGUGGUGGAUAGAGUUCCGGCAGAUAUGCUGCACAUGGUGGACGCCCAUUGGUACCAGUUUCCGCCGAUGAAUCCCCUGUGGCACUCUUUGCUGGGCUUUGCCAUCGCCGUUCUCUGCUUCAUCUCGGUUGUCGGCAACGGAAUGGUCAUGUACAUCUUCACCAACACCAAGACGCUCCGGACCCCAUCCAACCUGCUAGUGGUCAAUCUAGCCUUCUCGGACUUCCUGAUGAUGUUUACCAUGGGACCGCCAAUGGUGAUCAACUGCUACUACGAGACCUGGGUCUUUGGCCCAUUCGCUUGCGAGGUCUACGGCAUGUUCGGAUCGCUGUUCGGCUGCGUUUCGAUCUGGACCAUGACUAUGAUUGCGUUCGACCGUUACAAUGUCAUCGUGAAUGGCCUUUCUGGCAAACCUCUGACCAACAACGGCGCUUUGGCUCGGAUCUGCGGAGUGUGGGUUUCAACCUUGGCCUGGACCUUGGCUCCGUUCUUCGGCUGGAAUCGUUACGUGCCGGAAGGAAACAUGAGCGCUUGUGGAACCGAUUAUCUGACCGACACCUUCAGCAGCCGCUCGUACAUUCUGGUUUACUCGAUCUUCGUGUACUUCGCGCCUCUGUUUCUGAUCAUCUACUCGUACACCUUCAUCAUCAAGGCCGUGUCUGCUCAUGAAAAGAACAUGCGCGAACAGGCCAAGAAGAUGAACGUUGCCUCGCUGCGAUCGUCCGAAGCUCAGAACACCAGCACCGAAAUGAAGCUGGCCAAGGUCGCUCUGGUCACGAUCUCGCUGUGGUUCUUGGCAUGGACUCCAUACCUGAUCAUCAACUACACCGGUAUCUUCAAGGCGUCUCCGAUUAGCCCUCUGGCCACCAUCUGGGGAUCGCUGUUCGCCAAGGCCAACGCCGUGUACAACCCGAUCGUGUACGGAAUCAGCCAUCCCAAGUACCGAGCUGCUCUGUACCAGAAGUUCCCAUCGUUGUCCUGCACGGACCCUGCCGACGAUUCGCAGUCGGUGGCUUCCGGAACUACGACUGUUGUGUCGGAGAAGUCGGAAAAGACGGAAUCUGCUUAAAGGGACAUGAUAAUGUUGAAAUGGUUACUAUGUAUUGAUAGAGUUUUGAAUAUAGUGAGCAAUUUUUAGGAA